AUGACUCGGGAAAGAGCCGAGACUAUGACCGCCUCGGAGAAGAGUCUUGCACGACUCUGGACGGUGGUGAAUAAGGAACUCGAGCGAAAAGACUCCAUUUCGCUGCUGCUGCGGGCUAUCCUAGCAAGGGCGAAGCCCCUGAGGACCAUCUGGAAGCCGAAAGAGGCAACACCGGCCACGGCCCCGAAGUCGACUACGCUACAGUCCACAGUAUUUCCCGAGGAGAAAAAGAAGACCCGCUGGUUACCUUGCACCAAAGAGGCAGCGGAACACCACGGCACGAGCGACAACGGUGAAGAAGCAGAACAGAGAAUAUCUGUCGACAGAAGGGCCUACAAUAUCUUGCGUAUACUGCUCGAUUCGCCGGGGGAAACCAGAUGGACUGAGUUGUUGUAUACAAUGACGAAGAUUGGCUUCAGUGUUCAGAAUCUCGGGGGUUCCAUCUGGGAAUUCAUAGCGGUGGCAGACCUUGGUCUGGCGCGUGGCAUACAUUUCCAUGAUCUGGACCCGGCGAACAAGGUUUCCAUCCGCAAGGUUCGACGACAUGGCAAACGGAUGAAUCGAGUCUAUGGAUGGACUCCGGACAGCUUUCGAGAAGUGUAA